GAGCCUCUUUUACUGCCUAUACGUUCACUCGGUGCAUUCGCCCGUCGGACCAUUACGUCGUGUGCUGUGCUUCUGUCGAGUUCGUUCGCGCUUUUAAGGAAGGCAUAGGAGAAACAGAGAGAUAGAGAGAGAAAGAGAAAGAGAAAGAAAGAAAGAUAGAUAGACAGAAAAAGAGACAUAGUCGGCGUGUGUUAAACGAUACCGUACGUGCACGUUACUCUAUUUAAUCUCAUUCCACGAAUAUAACAAAUUAAGACUGGUACAGAUACGACGACUACGAAAGACGAAAGAGAAUCGAGAACGGACGGCCUUAAAACGCGUGCCGAGAAACCAUUAGGGCUACGAAGUAAGGAGAAAAAGAGAAAGAGAGAGAGACGAAUAGAUAACCACAGAAAGAGAUCGAAAUAUAGAAGAAAUCUCUAGAGCAAACGAGAGCGAGAGAGAGAGAGAGAGAAGAAGAAGAAGAAGAAGAAGACAACGAAAAGAGACGAUUAAAGUAACGGCAAAGACGACGUCGAGAAAAAGAAAAAUGCCGGAAACCGCGUACCACAUGAAUGGAUACGCGAACGGGCACACACCGCCCGAACUUCAGCAGGAUACCAGUUUCCUAUUCACUUCCGAGUCUGUUGGCGAGGGACAUCCAGACAAAAUGUGUGAUCAGAUAAGCGAUGCCAUUCUCGAUGCACAUUUGAAACAAGAUCCCGACGCUAAAGUUGCCUGCGAAACAGUCACAAAAACGGGAAUGAUUCUUCUUUGCGGCGAAAUAACAUCCAAAGCUGUGGUAGAUUACCAAAAAAUUGUUCGUGAGACCGUAAACCAUAUUGGUUAUGAUGACUCCUCAAAAGGAUUCGAUUGGCGUACGUUGAACCUUUUGGUGGCACUAGAACAACAAUCUCCAAAUAUUGCUGAUGGUGUUCAUGUGGACAGGGAAGAGAUGGACUUGGGUGCAGGUGAUCAGGGCCUGAUGUUUGGUUAUGCAACAGAUGAAACUGAUGAAUGUAUGCCAUUAACAGUUGUAUUAGCACAUAAAUUAAAUCAAAAGAUAGCAGAGUUAAGACGAAGCGGUGAAUUAUGGUGGGCAAGACCAGAUUCAAAAACACAGGUUACAUGCGAAUAUAUCAUGGAUCAUGGAGCUUGCGUACCUAUAAGAGUUCACACAGUUGUUGUGUCUUUGCAACAUAGUGAAAAAAUUGGCUUGGACGAAUUACGUAAAGCUGUUAUGGACAAAGUUAUCAAAGAAGUAAUUCCAGCGAGGUAUCUUGAUGAUAGAACAGUUUUCCACGUUAAUCCUUGUGGACUUUUUAUCAUUGGUGGACCACAGAGCGAUGCUGGUCUUACUGGUCGUAAAAUUAUUGUAGACACUUAUGGUGGUUGGGGGGCUCAUGGUGGUGGUGCAUUUUCUGGAAAAGAUUUUACAAAAGUUGAUAGAUCAGCUGCAUAUGCUGCAAGAUGGGUCGCUAAGUCUCUUGUAAAAGCAGGUCUUUGCAGACGCUGUCUAGUACAGGUUUCCUAUGCCAUUGGUGUUGCCGAGCCCCUUUCUAUUACAGUCUUUGAUUAUGGUACAUCAAAGUUAUCACAAAAUGAAUUGUUGGAUAUAGUUAAUAAAAAUUUUGAUUUACGACCAGGAAAAAUUGUUAAGGAGUUGAAUCUUCGUAAUCCUAUUUAUCAACAGACCAGUACGUACGGUCAUUUUGGGCGUGAUGGGUUUACAUGGGAACAACCAAAAACUUUAAACCUCGAUUGAUGAGAGGAUGCAUGUUAAAUCAUUAGACGUUUCUCGUUUAGAACGUCUUAUUAAUUAUUUGUCCUCUCUUUCCUUCUCCCCCAACCUCUUUCUCUCUCUCUCUCUCUCUCUCUCUCUCUCUCUCUCUCACUCUCACUCACUCUGUCUCUGUCUUUCUUUCUCUCUCCUAUUUCCAUAAGUAAUCUUUUAUCUCGUCAAAGUUAAUUCGAGAUUUUCAGAUCUCUCCGCACUACAUCCGCCGCUUAUCUAUUGGUUCCUUUUGUUAAAUUCAAUAGUAUAAAACGGGGAAACAGUGGUGUCUAUAUUAAUUAUGAUAAACCACGCCGUGGAAUAUGUUGUGUCUAUAUGACAGACAUAGUACAAAUUUUGUGCAUAAUUCGACACGCUGGCGUGAACAGUCCUUUCUCUUCCUUUUUAUUCCUCUUGAAUCUAAUAGCGAACGUUAAUGUCGUAAGAUUUGACGGGAACUAGUUUUAGUAUAUAUAAUAAAGUAAAAGGAAAUAAAAAGAAAAAAAAAAAAAAAGAAAAAGAAAGAAAAUGAAAAAUAUGAAGAAAACUGAGAACUGAGUAUUUAACAACAAAAAAGAAAAAAAAAAGAAAAAAUAGGAGUUUUUAUUCUCUCAAUAAUUAAUUGGAUGCAGUCAUGCUUAGAUUAGGUAUGAGUUGUUCAUAUAAUUUUCAUAUGUAUUGGCUAUGACAUAUGUAUCUUAUGAUUUUUAUGUAGCAUCAUGUAGAUAGAAUCACAUUAGCAAAUAGUUUUCAAAUAAUCUGAUUUUUAUUAAAAAAGAUAAUGGUCUCAUAAUCGUUCUCUCAAUCAAUAAUCAGAAUUUAAAAUAUGGAGAUCCAGCACAACAGAGAUUGUGUGACGGAGCUCGAUAGCGUGAAAAAUUUUAUUGAAUUUUUAGUAUAUGUGAGUGAUAUCGUGAUUUUAAGCAAUGACAGAAAUAUGUAAAAAAAAAAGAAAUAUAAAAUGAAUUGAAGAAACUUUGCUGUUUCAUUGAUAUAUUGAUCGACUAUAUAUCGAUAUUGGCAAUGUAAAAAUGCACAAGAAUGAUCAUAAUAUACAUGAAUUAUAAUAAAAUAAUUUUUUUAAUAAACGGUCAAACUUUC